UACUGCCAUACCAAACACUUAUCGAACACAUAUACCCAUCCCAAAAAGAUCCAAAAAAGAAAGAAAAAAAAAUGGAGUUUUUCAAUAAGGCCAAGGCCGUACGACUCAAGAGCCACCUAGACAAGUACUUGAACGCCGACGACGACGAAGAGACCGUCCGUCAAAACCGAAACGGCUCGUCACGAAGAGCCUGGUGGAAGGUCGAGCUCGUCGACGGGAAGAGCCACGUCAUCCGUCUGAAGAGCUUUUACGGCAAGUACCUCACGGCCUGGGACGAGCCCUUUCUCCUGGGCAUGACGGGAAAGAGGGUCCUCCAAACGACACCCGCUUCGGAAAACGACACGGCGAUGAUCGAGUGGGAGCCCAGGACGGAGGCGUUCCAGGUGAAGCUGAGGACCAGAGGAGGGAAGUACUUGCGGGCCAAUGGCGGGACGCCGCCGUGGAGGAACUCGGUCACUCACGACGUUCCUCACCGGACGGCGACGCAGAACUGGAUUAUUUGGAGUGUGGAUGUGGUGGACAUUGACGUGGUAGAGCUCAUGACGGAGGAGGAUUCUGUGAGAUGUCGUUUGUCGCCUACGUCGAGCUUGUUGUCGUCGUUUUCAGACUUGUCGGACACGGGUUCUCCGUUGGGUAUUGGCCCGGUUUCUAGGGGAUCUGGGUUUGGAAGUUGCAGGGAGAGUGCUAUGGAACUCUUCCAAAAAGUCAGGGUGGUACGCCUGCGGAGCCACCACGAGAAGUAUCUAUUAGCCGACGACGACGAGGAAUCCGUCUGCCAACACCGCAACGGCUCCGUCAGGAACGCGAGAUGGACGGUGGAGAUCGUCGACAACACCGGUGCGAACGUGUUGCGCUUCAAGAGCUGUUACGGCAAAUACUUGACGGCGUCCAACAUGCCAUUCCUUCUGGGAAUGACCGGAAAGAAAGUCCUCCAAACUCUGCCCACCCGGCUGGAUUCCUCCACCGAAUGGGAGCCAAUCAGGGAAGGAUUCCAGGUCCGUCUCAAGACGCGCUAUGGCCAAUUCCUCCGCGCGAACGGAGGCCUGCCGCCGUGGAGGAAUUCGAUCACGCACGACAUCCCUCACAGAACCUCAACGCAGGAUUGGGUCCUGUGGGACGUGGACGUCGUGGAGCUUCGCCCAAGAUCUCCGAAACGUUCGCUGCUAGCAUUGGCACCGUCUAGUCCUCCGCCUGAUGCGUCUUCAGAACCGGACUCCCCGACCAAAUUUGAACUUACAUCUUCCAAACUUCCCAGCCACGAGUCAAGUGAUUUGUUUGAUGGUUUGGCGGCGAAAGCCGAAGGAAGGACAAUCUACUACCAUGUGUCGAACGAGAACGAAGAUGAAGACGAGGCAAUGGAAGAACUUUUCUUCGCAUUCAAAGGCAACGGCGUUGAGGAGUUAAAGGAAAAAUUGAAGGAAGAGACGGGGCUUCACGACAUCGUUGUGUGUUCUCGCAAUCCAUUAAAUGGGAAGCUCUAUCCCCUUCGCUUGCAUCUUCCUCCAAACAAUACAGAUAUGCAUGUUGUAGUUGUUCCCUCGUCAUCUGAAGCAGGUAGGUGAUCACUGGAGACUGCAGUUCCAAUGCAAAUAAAACUGAACUUGCAGAACCAGUUAACAGCAUUAAAUGUCUAUAUACUCUGUAUAUACAGCUUCUUAAUCUGCUCAGACUGCCAAUAAGCAAUUGAGAGAAGGGUAGAGGGAUCGUUUUUUUAUUGAACAAUGCUAUAUGGUACUAGUGGUGCUUAGCACCACCUACUAAUAAAAGGUGCUGCAGAACUCACAUGUGAGGCUCAUCUUUUAUUAGUGAUGGUGAGGCUCAUCUUUUAUUAGUGAUGGUGCUUAGGCCGGUGUCCUAAAGUAUUUUUCUUUUUUAUUACUUGAACCACCGAGGAAAGAGAGGAUAGCAAUAUUUGCAACAGCUAUAAAGUAUUCUGAAGGUUGUUAUUUGUUAUGGGCAUUGGUGAAGUUUUAUCCCAUUCUGAGAACUUGGAUGUGAAUA